GAAACAGUAUGCACGAGAAGAGAAACAGUAGCAUCUCAAGAGGGUCCAAACAACCAUAAUAAAAAGGUGGUGAGUGAGUGACUGAAAAUAUACAGCAAAAACUAAUAUGGCGCAGUUGAAUGCAAUUCUUACAUACUCAUCCCCAGCUAUUGCUCCUACCAAACAUGCAAAAGAGCACCUGCUGCAUCACCGGUUCUGCCAGGCAAAGCCUUCUUCAUUAAGAGAGUUGAGUCCAAGAAGAAGUUUUGGUGCUGCAAGUAAACCUCAAGUUAUAAAAGCUGUGCUAUAUAAAGACGUAGAAAUUUCUGAGACCAAGAAGGUUGCUGGACUAAAAGGUAAAUUGAAUAAGGUUGUUCUGGCUUAUAGUGGUGGCUUAGACACAUCGGUUGUUGUCCCCUGGCUGAGAGAGAACUAUGGCUGUGAUGUUGUUUGCUUCACUGCUGAUCUAGGCCAAGGGGCAAGUGAAUUGGAAGGUUUAGAAGAGAAGGCAAAAGCCAGCGGAGCUUCUCAGUUAGUCGUGAAGGAUUUGAAGGAGGAAUUUGUUAGGGAUUAUGUAUUCCCUUGCCUGCGUGCCGGUGCAAUUUAUGAGAGGAAGUAUUUGCUUGGAACUGCAAUAGCUCGCCCUGUAAUUGCAAAGGCUAUGGUGGAUAUUGCCAAUGAAGUUGGAGCUGAUGCUGUCUCGCAUGGUUGUACAGGGAAAGGAAAUGAUCAGGUUCGAUUUGAACUCUCCUUUUUUGCUCUGAAUCCCAAGUUAAAUGUCGUGGCUCCAUGGAGGGAGUGGGAUAUUACAGGGAGAGAAGAUGCUAUUGAGUAUGCUAAGAAGCAUGAUGUACCGGUUCCUGUAACCAAAAAAUCCAUAUAUAGCAGGGAUAGGAACCUUUGGCACAUAACUCAUGAGGGUGAUGUUUUGGAAGAUCCAGCAAAUGAACCUAAAAAGGAUAUGUACAUGUUGACUGUAGACCCAGAGGAUGCUCCAAACGAGCCAGAAUAUGUGGAGAUUGGAUUUGAGUUAGGCAUUCCAGUAUCGCUGAACGGGAAGAGGCUUUCUCCAGGAAAUUUGGUUGCUGAGCUGAAUGAGAUAGGUGGAAGGCAUGGAAUAGGCCGUGUCGACUUGGUUGAAGACCGCAUUGUAGGCAUGAAGAGCCGAGGAGUUUACGAAACUCCAGGUGGCACCAUUCUCUUCACUGCAGCAAGAGACUUAGAGACUUUGACUCUUGAUCGUGAAACACUUCAGCUUAAAGACUCAUUAGCACUUAAAUAUGCAGAGUUAGUGUAUGCUGGAAGAUGGUUUGAUCCACUUCGCGAAUCGAUGGAUUCAUUCAUGGAGAAGAUCUCACAGACUACAACAGGUUCAGUGAGUUUGAAACUGUAUAAAGGUAGUGCUUCUGUGACGGGUCGGAAGAGUCCUUAUAGUUUAUAUAGGGAAGAUAUUUCUUCAUUUGAGAGUGGGGAGAUAUAUAAUCAUGCUGAUGCUGUUGGGUUUAUAAAGCUUUAUGGUCUUCCAAUGAGGAUCAGAGCCAUGAUGGAACAAGGCAUUUAAAUGUUACUUUGUUUGGACUAUUAUGUGUGUGUGUGUCUUGCUUGUUCUUGACAAUGUUUGUGGAACUUUUAUUAUUGUGGGAAAUAAAUGACGUGAAGUGAUUGGCAUGUGCUUAGAGAAGCAAACUUGAUUCGAAUAAAGCUAUUUGUUUGGCAAAA